AUGCUAUAUGUAUAUGCAGCAUUUAGAGUGUGUGUUACAACAAAGGGAAGAACACCGUUGGAAUCUUUGGAAGAAACCUACAAAAAAUCACAUUGGUAUAUUGGGGAAACAAAGGGUGAUUCACCUUUACAUCAAGCAUCGAGCCAAGGAGAACAGAACGCGGUGAAAACCUUGAUUAGUCUAGGUGCCGAUUUGUCAGAUCGAAAUAACGAGGGUGAUACUCCUCUACAUCAGGCAGUCGGAAAUGGUGAAUUGGCCACAAUAAAAGAUUUGAUUUGCCUAGGUGCAGAUAUUACAGCUAGAAAUAAAGAGGGUAUGACACCUUUAGACUUGGCUGAAGUUGCAUAUAAACAGAAUAAGGACUAUGUUUAUGGUAAUAUAUACCAAGAGGCACUUGAAUAUAUAAAGGGACUAAAUGAUACAUCUGAGAGAACAGUGGAACAAUCCAAAAACAAAGAUGCGGAUACAAGUAGUAAAUCUGCUGUGUCCAAUACAAAACAGCCAAAAGAUCAAACGGGUAAGCUUACUUGUAGUGAUCUGAGUAUGUAA